AAAUUUAAUAAACAUUAAGAGGGAAGUACACACCACAAGUGGCUUGACAACCAAGCGAAAUAUUCCUUUAUUUCAAGCCAUUUGCGUUAUGUUUGGGGGUGUUUGAAUGUUUGAAAACUCUUUGAGGGAACAUGUUUGCUUGGUUAAUGACGAAAUCGGAAAAGUAUUUUGAAGUAUGUUUGACGAGCCGCUUGUGUGGUGUAUUUCGCUGUUUAGACAGAAAUUGCCCAAAUUUUUGUCCCAAUACCGACGCUCCAUUUUCUUUUCAUGUUUAAAAUUGCCAUAGAUGUCGCAAGUGGGAAAAAUUAGAAUGUCACAAUAAACAAAGUAUUUGAAUGACAAAGGGAAAACCGCGUCUCAAAAGUUUAAAACAUUUUACAAAAGUGAAAAAAAAUCUAACUCCUUGAAGUAAAUAAUGUGGUGCAAUUUCGAGCAAUCUCCAGUUGAGGAAGAUACAAUUUCCAACGCCUUCUCCUCACGUGGAAUUUUUAGGAUUCAAAGUGGAGAAGAGGUAAAGGAGUACCCGCAAGUACACGCUUCACUGCAAAACCAAAAAGUGGUUAUCUCUGUGGAUAAAAGUCUAAUAUUGCUGGAAGACGAGUUGGUGGCGAAAUGUAGCUCCCUCAGCUUCAAUGCGCACAUAGAUGCUGUUGCAAUUUCGAAUUCGGGAAAUCUAAUUUUAGUAGGGUUACGUGAUGGCGAGAUUCAUGGCAUUUUUAUUAAAGGUCUACCGCUAUUCAAUGUAACCGUAAACGCUGAAGACGUACAUGUGACAGGGCGCACUUUUGCUGGCAUACAACAACUGGGGCAGUGUUUUCAUAUCAGUUGCACAAAUGGAAGUGUCUAUCAGCUCGGUGAAAUCAAUGAAGCGCUACUGGAGGCGAACCAAAAUGUGUCCCUCAACGAAAAUGAGACCAUCGCUUUUGACGAAAGCAUGUUAGGGCCAGUGCCAAUCGAAAAACUGAUAAGCGGUGGACGUGGUUUAAACGAUGCGGAAUCAACUGUUUUGAUACCACAAAUUCCAUUGGAAGCGUUUGAACAGCCUGUACCACUGUUUAUAGCCGGAGCGCACAAUUCUGUUUUCUGCAGAGAGCGCACAAACGAUCUGGUCAAGAUUACACUGCCUGAACAUUAUCGCGGCGUAAAACGUAUAUUUAAUUUAGAUAAUUAUAUGUAAGUAGCUCGUGUGUUCAGAAAUACAUAAAGCCAAGCAACAAUCUUAUUUCUAAACUAUAAUUGAUGGAAAUGUCCAAUAUGCGCAAACACCCCUAAAUGCCAAAUUGGGACUUGGGCCAGUUUUUAAGAGCCAGUUUAAUUAGUUAGUUAAGUAAACGAGUUUAAAUUGAACAGCUGGCUCACAUUUGAUUGGCUAAUCUUAAUUUAAACCAGCCAAAUCGGGCGUUUAAACAGGGU